UGGAGACACACUCGGACAGCUGCUGCUCCGUGCAAGUGAGGCUCUGUACGCCAGAGCGAGGCUCCGCAUCGCCAGCGGAACCAACAGAUGAUGAUAACAAUGGAUGCAAAGAAGAGUUGAAAAGUUUCACACGGCGUUGUUUUCGGUGUUCGAACCCUUGUAGAGAGAUGGGGACGUACCUUUGCCCCUGGUGCCUUAAGGAAGAAUUCAGUUGGAGCAAUUUAGGCCUAAAUUGUGAUAACCCAUCGCUGUUUUUGACUUCGCAGUGGCCACGCUUUUCGGAGGGAUGUUUUGUGAUAUACCGUGUAGUUCUAGCCAUGGUUGUGACCGCCUGGCUGGUAUUUAACAUUAUAGAUGAGGUGCAGACAUUUUAUUAUAAUGACGUUAAGGUGUGGUUUGCAUAUGCUACCAACUGGGGAUUCCUAUUGCUGGGGAUCAUCCUCGUCCUGUUAGCUAUUCAGAGCUUGGUCUAUUACUGUUGUCAAAAAAAGCUUCCAAAAGAUGGCUCACUUCCAGCAAACAUCAAAUUCACGUGGAUGCUGUACAACAUGGCCUCUAACUCCAACUUGGUCAUCAGUAUAUGCUUCUGGGUCUUCCUAGUAUUCAUGGACAAUUCAUUUUACUUCGGAUCAAUCGACAGUGAGACCAAACACUCAUUCAACUCAGUAGUCAUCCUCAUGGACCUGUUUGUAACGGCCACGCCCAUUCGUCUACUGCAUUUCAUCUAUCCAGUCAGCUUGGGCCUUCUAUACGCCUUCUUCAACAUUGUGUACUUCCUUAUGGAUGGACCUGGCCCAGACGGCCGCAAUCAUUACGUCUAUGCUGUCAUGGACUGGAAUAAGCCUGGUACAGCUACCGGCGCUGUCUUUCUUGGCCUUGGUCUCAGUCUCGUAUGCCAAAUUGUUCUAUUUGGUCUUUAUAAAUUGCGUGUAUUUAUUCAUGACAAGUGUUAUUCAAGUAAGGAAUAUGGAGACGAAAUGAACAAAAUUAUAGAAGAUGAGGAUAAUCACAAUUACGACUCCAUUCAGAAGGAAGAUGAUGAGACGACCCACUGACGGCAUAAGACUCCUCUGCUUCCAUAUUACGAAGUGCCGGUGUUACAGUUAUCAGUGUCCCCCAGGAAUUUGUGUGAUUCCCCAUCGAUCGAUAGCGGAUAUGUUGCUAAUGUUUUAGUUUGUGUUAUUAAUGCUUUGACCGAGAAAAAAAUAUCAAGUGAGGUUGUGGCAGUUUGUGAUAAAUUGAUAUACAUUUCAAAAUACGCAGACGAACGUUGUCAAUAAUCAUGUACACAUAAUUGUAUAUCCUAAUAAAGUACUAUAUUCGUAA